AUGGAUGCAAAUCACUCCACCCCCUUGGAGCCCCAGUCCUCCCCAGAGGCACCGAAGCCUGGCCUGACCCCCUGCUCAACCCCGGGAAACAAGACCCUGCAGCAGGACCCCCCUAGCACGGUGGGCGACAGGUUGCCACCAAAGACCGGAGCGGUGGUCAUCGACAUGGGCACAGGCACCUGUAAGGUGGGCUUCGCGGGGCAGGCGCGGCCCACCUACACCGUGGCCACCAUCGUGGGCUGCCAGCCCCAGAAGCCGGCCCCCACGGGGCAGCUGGCGCUGGAGACGUUCAUCGGCGAGGCCGCGCGCGCGCGCCCCGAGCUGACGCUGGUGCAGCCGGUGCGGAGCGGCAUCGUGGUGGACUGGAGCGCGGCCGAGCUCAUCUGGCGCCACCUGCUGGAGCACGACCUCUGCGUGGCCACCCAGGACCACCCGCUGCUCUUCUCAGACCCGCCCUUCAGCCCCACCACCAACCGCGAGAAGCUGGUGGAGGUGGCCUUCGAGUCGCUGCGCUCCCCCGCCAUGUACGUGGCUUCCCAGUCCGUGCUGUCUGUCUACGCGCACGGGCGGGUCAGCGGGCUGGUGGUGGACACGGGCCACGGGGUCACCUCCACGGUGCCGGUCUUCCAGGGCUACAAGCUGCCCCACGCCACGGAGCGCCUGGACCUGGCGGGCACCCACCUGACGGCCUUCCUGGCGGAGAUGCUGCUCGGCUCCGGCGUGCAGCUGGGCCAGCAGGACCUGGACACCGUGGAGGACAUUAAGCAUCGCUACUGCUACGUGGCGGCCGACCUGCUCCAGGAGCAGGCCCGGCCCGAGCAGGAAGACCGGCAGAGCCUGGAGCUGCCGGACGGGCGGACGGUCACGCUGGGCAAGGAGCUGUUCCAGUGCCCGGAGCUGCUCUUCAGCCCGCCCGCGAUCCCAGGGCUGUCGCCCGUGGGCCUCCCCACCAUGGCCACACGGAGUCUUCUCAAGGUGCCCCUGGAGGUGCGGGCGGACGUGGCCCAGAACGUGCUGCUCUGCGGGGGCUCCUCGCUCUUCGCGGGGUUCGAGGGCCGCUUCCGCGCGGAGCUGCUGCGCGGUCUGCCCUCCGAGGCCCGCGCGGUGGUGACGGCCCGGCCCAGCAGGAGCCUCUCGGUGUGGAUCGGGGGCUCCGUCCUGGCCUCGCUGCGCGCCUUCCAGUCCUGCUGGGUCCUGCGGGAGGAGUACGAGGAGCAGGGCCCCCACAUCGUGUACCGAAAGUGCUACUGACGCGGGGCAGGGGUGGGGAGUG